GGUUGAAUGAUGUCCCUUCCAGGCACAGGCCCAGAUGGUGAGCGAGAUGAUGUCAGCACAGGCGGGAAAUAAUCCGACCGCGCCACCUGCCAUCUCCUCUGGAUAUGCUGCACCUCCCUACCCGCUGCACCCACAAGAAGCUGCGAAGUCACAGAAUACCUUGGCCCAUCUGUACCCUUCCCUGGGAGAUUACAUGGGCCUAGAAUUCACCGAUGAGGUCAUUGCCGCAAACAUGCCAGAGUAUUUGGCCGUCUCGCAAGUGCAGCCUGGGACUGUGGCUGUGGCCCCAGCCUCAGGACCAGUCUCAGUGGUGCCCUCAGGCAUGGUGGCUCCAAUCUCUGGUGCGUCACCUGGACUUUACCGAGCUCAGGUUACUAAUUCCAUCCGAGAGAUCACCCUCUGUAAGGACAGCGACGGUAAGGUAGGCAUGCGUGUCAAGGCGAUCAACAAGGGGGUGUUCGUGUGCCUGGUGAAGAAGAACUCGCCAGCAGCUCUUGCAGGACUGCGUUUCGGAGACCAGAUCUUGCAGAUCAACAGCGAAAAUGUGGCAGGGUAUUCCAUGGAAAAAGUACAUGACAUGCUGAAGAAGAGUCCUACAAAUGGUAUUUCCCUCGCCAUUAGAGACAGGCCAUUCGAGAGAACUGUGACCUUACACAAGGACAGCACAGGUCACAUUGGGUUCCAGUUCCGUGAUGGAGAGAUCACUGCCCUCGUCAAGGAUUCCUCAGCCGCGCGAAAUGGGCUUCUCACAGACCACCAUCUGCUGGAGGUGAAUGGGCAGAAUGUAGUGGGGCUGAAGGACAAGGAAGUCUCUGCCAUAAUCAACGAGUGCGGGCAGGUGGUCACAGUGACGAUCAUGCCGUCCUUCGUCUACAAGCACAUGAUGAAGCACAUGGCCUCAUCGCUGAAGAAGUUCAUGGACCACUCCAUUCCCGACCUGUAAAAAGGGUGGGGAGCACAGACCAUAUGGGAGUAAGAAAGGAAAAAACGAAGAGAGGAGGAGGGGCAGUAAAAAGGACCAGGAUUUGUUUUACAAUUAGGAGGGGGUUUUCUGCAACACAAGGAUGACAGCAGAGUUGAAGAAUAGAUGGGGUCAUUUAUGCAGGAAGUACCAGUCCACAAUAGUUGUAUGUGGGACCCUUGUGUAUGGCUAUUUUUAUAUGUGAAAGAAGUGGUCCCUAUUUAUUUCGUUGUCAUUUUUGUUUUCUCUCUCUCAUUUUCCCCACUUUCUCACUGUGUAUGUAUGCAAUCUUUCCAUGGAAAGAUAAAUUUAACUUAAGUUGAUUAUUACAUUUGAUAUAUCGGUUUCUUAUAUAAGGUAUUCUUUUCAUGGUAUGUUAAAAUAUGUAUCCAGUGUGAAGUGGAUACAUUAGAAGUAGAGUUACAUAAAAGGAUUAGGGUAGCUUGUUUGUUGAGUGUAGAGAGAUCAACAAAAUCCAGGUGCCAAUUGAGUACUGAAUAUAUUACUCAUAUAAUAUGUAGUUGAAUGACUAUAUAGGAGGAGGGAGUGAACUAACAAAUGGAUGUUAGGACCCUUUCCAAAUGUUCAACUUGCUAGCAUGAGUUCCUAAGUCUUAGAGAGAUUUACAUCUAAAUUUAUAUAGCAUGUAUUGAGUUCUGGAUAAGUCAGCAUCAUUCAAUUUGACAAGUGCCGUUUUGCUUCAAGAAAAAAAAUAAUUGCCUGGUAGUUUUAAAAGUAAUGGUGCAGUUAUUUCACUCAGUGAAGCCAAUUGCCCCCUGUAAAAGAGAAGUUAUAUGGGAAUUAAUUGCAUUUAGCAUUUAUUUGUACCACAUGAACAGGGUAGACUACAAACUAAUGAUGUUAUAAGCGAAAUUCACAAGAUUUAAUUGUAAUUAUCCCAUGAUAGAAGGAAUGAAGAUUGCAAAGAUGCAUAUGAAAGCACAAAGUGAGUUUUUUGUCACUGUAAAGGUAGUACCAUAUUCAGUUAUAUUUAAUUCUCUGAAUGUCAUGUUUCUUAUGGUAUCAUUAAUAUGGAUGAUUAGUGAUAUUAUGUACCAUGUACACCUAAUCAUUAGUCAUGAUUUAGUCAUUGGUUUUGUAUAUUAUAUCCAAAUACCUUUUCUAAUGGUUCAUUCAUUGUACCUUAUAGUCAAUAGCUAGGUGUAUUUUAUAUAUUAUGGACAAAUAUUUCGCUGUUGUAUCCUUCCAAAUGUUAGAAACCACAUAAUGCAUUGUUCCAACUACUGAUAUUAUUAAUGUAUGUUAAAAUGUUUGGAUGUUUACUUACUCAGUUACAUCUCACUCCCACGUACACGAACCAUCAAGUACACAAAGAAAGCUUUUAUGUUUUAAUGGUCAUAAGUUAAAGUAGAUAGAUAUGUUCUUUAGAAUGAAAAAAGCAUAGAAUCAUACAUUAGUAAACACUACACAUAAACAGGAUAAAUACACGAAACUUAAAAAACCAGUCCAUGAACCACUAUUUAACACUGAAAGGUUAUUCAUAAGCAUAAAGCAACAGCACACAUGUUCCGUUGCAUCUAGUAUAAUGGUUUUAAGUCUGAAUUACCUAUAAACUGUAAGCAGGUAAACGUCAUAAAGAAGAAUGUUUUAUGUUGAAGGGCAUUAAAGAGUUACAAAAGAAAUCAAAUGUCAUAAAUUUUUAGUGGAAUUGUGUGUGCAGAGGCAGUACCACAGGGUCCAUAUGUGUUUGAUUAUACCUCACAUUGGUCGACUUUGUGAGGUUUGUGAUAAAAAUGAGAUAAAAAAAAAUGAUUAUAUCCAUUAUCUUUAUUAAAAGGAAGCUUUGAUGUCA